CUUAGUACGCAUAGUGUACUCACACAUUAACAAACAAUAGAAACAAAAACAAAAGAUCUCUAAAACUGUUUUGAAUAGAACUCAAAUAUGCUAGCAAUGACCGACCACAGAUCCAAAUCAUUGCUAAAGUUCGCUUUAAAAGGAGCACACGAAAUGGAAGGUCGCGGUCGAGAGUCGAAGUCAAUGGCUUUUUACGUGUUCGGUUUAGCGACAAAGUACAGUCAGAUCAGUGAAACAUUCGAUAGAACGCAAAUGAAUAGUUUUCUGUCCGCAUUGAGAAACAUACAUGGUGAUAACAUUGGCCAUUGUGUACCAUUGGCAAGUGAAGAUGGGAUUCGAGAUCUGAUAGAAGGUGCAAUGCCAUUACUAAUUGCGACAGUGGAGAGAGACAUGCCUAGUGCGCUACCUGGAUUGCAUGCAAUUGAUUGGCGUCAACUAUUUCAAAUCCACCCAGUUGCAUCCAUUCAAAUCACUGUGGCAUCGGCAAGCAAUGAGGGUAGACCAGACAGUGGAGGUGGGUCGGACGGCAAAUAAAAAUUGUUUUCAAUAAAUCGGGUAUUAAACUAGAA